AUGUUUUUUCGUAAUAUUUUAUAUCUAAUAAUCGUCUCGAUGACCAUCACUAUCUGCCAGUGCUACGUAAACUACGAACAGUUUAAUGGUUUUGAUGACAUUCCCAAUGUGAAGAAUAUUUCAAAGUGGCAGCCAAAAAUCCAAGGAAUUGCAGAAAAUACUAACCAAUUGGAUAAUUCAUCUAUGAGCAUCGAAGUCACUGUCAAAUCUGAAAUACCAAAGAAAACAAAAUUCCAGAUGAAAAAAUUGGUUAAAAAAUGUUCGGUGAACGAACGGCCUACGAGUGUUGGACCUUACGUGAUACCGACAGAACUGGACUUGGUGCUCUUCACACAGAGGACUUUACUAAAGAUGUUCCGCAGUUACCAUGAAAAGACUCUGCUCUUACUUAAGGAUAUUAAGGAGGCUACUAGAGCGACGGUGGCUGUGGAAAAGAAGUGUCAUGGUAAAGGCAAAUCAUUAUACAAGGAAUGUGUGAAACAAGUCAAAAGGAAAUGUGUCACCAUCACCAAGGACCUGGUCCAGUCCCUGGAACGUCAACAAGCUCAAGUCAUAGCCUUGACUGAGGAUACAAUAUGCAACAUGACAUCAAUGAAAACUGAUCCUAUUCAAUUAAUAAAAGUCUUAGCUAUGGACGAAGCGUCUUUAGAAUUUGCAUUGCCCGCCUUUUUGCGACUACUUGGCGGUUGUACUGUUUAUUGUACAAAACAACCGCCACCAGACCGCCGUCCUAGACUGCGACAACUGACCGAUCAAGAUCUAGUUGUUAGACAUUUCCUUACGAGAAAAAAUUACGUGCAACUUUUAAACGACACCCAUAAGUAUGUGUAA